UAAAGCUUUUUCACCCCUGUCCACAACGGCUAUAUUCAAGUGACCGUUAAUUUUACCAAAAUUUCAAAACUCCGAAAACCAUCAUGAACACUCUCUUCGAUACAAUACAAAUCGAAAAGCCUUCUCCAUAAAAAAACUACACAAAUUUACAGCUCUGCAAACUCACGACGAAAAUAUUCAGUCAAACCCUCUUUCAAAAAGCCCCAAAAUUUAAGAAUCCAGAGCCAGAACCUCAAAAAAAUUCUAAGGAAAUGGUGUACAAUUAUACACCCACAUACUACUCUUCUCUUCAUGACUCAAUCACUUCUCUUUGCAAGACCAUUCUGCCGUUUUCAUUCAAAAAGAGGCGGUGGCUGCCAAAGGCGGAUCACAAGCUGGAGAAGCUUCAAUCUGAUCAUCUGAAGUGGCAGCAGGACUCGUACCACCAGAUUUUGAACUUGAUGGGUCUGCACAAAGAGGGGAUUCUUGAAGAAACUGAAGUUGCUGCUUUUAGAGUUAGUUUGCUUGAGACCCUUAUUGCUUCUCCCGCUGAACAAGAACGGGCUGUUAUUUUGAGAGAUAAGUUGGUGUUCUUGCAGGAGCUGCUUUAUGCAAAAUGCAUAUCAGUAGAUGACUACCAUUCCUCGAAAAGGCCUUUGUUACAGCGAUUGGCGGUACAAGGAGCUGAGAUUGAGGCUAGAGAUGUCAUUGUUUCGAAUCCAAAAGAUGGGAAAGAGAACUCAGAAGAACAAUGGUCUGUCAUCGACUUGAAAGAUGAGAAAUGCCAAAUGAAAAAGGAGAAUUCACAAAUGAAAAAUAAGUUGAAGCACAAUAACUCAGCAAUGAAGCAAAUGAAGGAAGCGGUUUCAGUCUUUAGCUUUGCUUCAUCACAUAAAAAAAAUAGAGAAGAGAAGAGCAUUUUUUAUAUUGAAUCAGAAUUCUCUGCUUGUAGUAAGAAUUAUAUGAUGUGUUCCAAGGAAGACCCUUUGUGGGAUAGCCAGUUGAAGCAUAAAGAAAGUGAAACACAAUCACUUCUUCCUCAGGAAAGUUUACAAAAUGAGUCAGCCAUCAAAGUAAGAGAUGGUGGCAACAGUGUUGAAAAAGCUAAGAGAAAACCCUUUCGAACUUUGUUUCAUAAAGAACAAAAAGAAGGACGUGGUGGAGGUGAAAAUGUUGUUGAGUUUGAGGAGAGCGCACUAAAAUCAGCUAAAAAGCAAUGGGCAUUUGAGGGGUUGAAGAAAUGGAAGAGAAAUGAUUCAGACGAUGAGACUGCGCCUCUGCCUCUCAAUGAAAGAUCAGACUCAGAAGCUUAUUUGGAAUCCUGCAGGCUUGUUUCAAGUUCCAUUGGAGAGGGACCGAACACAAGAGAUAUUAAGAAGUUGCAUUCAAGUGGUGCUCCAUCAGAUCCCUUCACUGACAAGGUUUUAGGGGACAAGAUAAAGAAGGAGCUAUUGCGAAUUCAAUCAGAACUCAGCACCACAAACCCCAAUCUAAAAUUCUCGAAUGAUCAAAUUGAAGCAAUUUCCACCAAGCUUCCUGUUGGAAAAGCUGACCUCAAAAAGUUCUUCCCCAAGUCAUGGUGUGAUCGGUAUGGUGAUGGUGUACUGGACGUGGUUAAAAAAGAGUUCAAGGACCACGUUGGAGAAAUGGAGAGUAAGCGAAAUGCUGCCGGACAGAAGCAUGGCAACUCAAUGCAAUGGACAACAUUUGAAGAUGAUGAUGAAAAUUGUCACCCAAAUCUCUUUGCUCACCACGAUCAUUCAUUUCAAGUUAUGAAACAAAAAUUUACUUCUUGGAACAAUGAUCACAACACCAAUGACCUGGUAAAGAAUCCCUUCUUCCAGGAUUGCAAUGAGAAAAAUGUACACAACCUAAGGUCUGAAUCAGCCUUUUCUGAACGCCAUAAUCCAUUCUGGACACCAAAUCAUGACUCUUCUUUGCUGAAAUAGUUGAAAAGCGGGCAAUGUAAUUAUGCUCACAUAAAAGCUUUUGCUUCUCUUAUACGUAAGAACAGCGAUCUCUAGUAUUGUGGGGGAUUAUAUGUUGUUUUGAGAAAUUCAAACCCCGGUUUUCUAUGUUCAUAUUUCCCUUAAGAGGGCCUUACCACUAUCCAUUUUGUAAUAUGAUGUUCUUGCAAUGGUGAUUGAUUGAGAUUUAUGAUUAUCAA